AUAAUGCACCGGGGCACACUGAAGGCGCCUUUAGCAGCCUGCAGACCAUACAUGUCAACAAGGAGGAGGGGAAGAAGAAGAGGCUCGGCUUCUAUUAAAUGCAUCGAAUGCGUGAAUAAAUAAAACGCUCCUUUUGUGGGACAAGACGCGCGUCUCUCAGUCCUCUGUUUAACGUCCUUUAUUCUUUAUCACCGCCGACAUGGCUCCGUUCAGCCUUGUGACAGCGAGCGUUAGCUGGCUGGCUAAGUCCUUCAGUGUUCUCUCCACUACAAGCACCCUGGCGAGGUGUACCAGUGUACUCCCAGUGGCAUACGUCAACCCAGUGAGAUGUCUGACCUCUCAGGCCAGUGGCCCCCCCAAGAAACCUCUGAACGGAUACCUGAGAUAUGUUAUGCAGCAGCAGCCGGUCAUCACCAGACACAACCCAGAAAUCAAAUCAGUGGAUAUCAUCAGGAAAAUUGCAGAGCAGUGGAGAACGCUGAACCAAGAACAGAAACAGCCUUUUGAGGAAGCCUCUGUGCGGGCCAGGGAACAGUUUAAGGUGGACCUCGAGCACUACCAGGCCCAGCUGAGCCCAGCACAGGUCCAGCAGCAAGUCCUUGAGAAGAGGCAGAGGAUGGCCAAAAGAAAGGCCAUCCGCAAGAAGAGGGAGUUGACCAACCUGGGGAAGCCCAAGCGUCCUCGCUCUCCGUUCAACAUUUUCAUGUCGGAGCACUUUGUGGAGGCCAGAGGAACCACCACACAAGCAAAGAUGAAGUCCCUGUUGGAGGACUGGAGAAAUCUGUUAGGUCAUCAGAAACAGGUCUACACGCAGCUGGCAGAGGACGACAAAAUCCGCUACAAGAAUGAGAUGAAGUCGUGGGAGGACCACAUGAUGGAGAUCGGACGAGAGGACCUGAUCCGAGAGCAGACCUUGUCCGCCAAUAAAAACCUUGCUGCAAAAACGGCGGUGGCCAAGAAGGGGACAAAGAAGGCCAAAGCUAAAGCCGUAAAGAAGGCCACUACCACGGAGAAGUCCAAAACAACCAGGAAGACCGCGAAGAGUAGUGCCGUGAAAAUUGUCAGGAUGACGAAGAAGACAUAAGACGUGUUUAUCUACUCGAGUCUGAAGGGAGGGUCUAGAAGAGCCUUCAUGACAACUGGAACAGAAGUCCUGAUGACCCAGGCCUGUGCUCUGCUUGGUUCUUUUUUCAUCAAACUUAAGUCCCAAAGUUCCCAGUUGUCAUGAACGCUUCCUCAACAGGGAAAAGCCCUUUUACAGCAUUCAGACAGAUCACGAUAACUUCACAAUACGUCCUCAUCACAUCUGUUCAGUAAGAACGACAGCAGAUAAACCCAACAGCAGGACUUCCACAAGACAUCCACAGGUUCUAGGGGAGAGAGUCAGAAAUGUGAUGAUUUCAGAAGUGUACACACUGUUCAUACUUUACUGUCUGCAAUGUUUGAAAUGCUUCAUAGCCCCGAGUACCCACAAUAUACUGGAGGAGUAUUAAGGUCACCGUUACAGUCCCAAAAUCAACCACACGUUUCUAUUAGUAUUAAUGUCCCAAAAAAAGUCUGGUGUUAUUCUUAGUUUACCUUGUCAGCAAGUCCUAAGCCAACAAUGCAUUAGUUUGCGUCAGCCCCAGCCCCUACUGAAGGCAUACAUCUUUAUAAGCACCCCAGUCUUAUCAUUUCAUAAAAAUUAAAAGAAAGUCAUUGUAGCUUUCAACAAAGAAAACAUAGUUAAUUUGUUGUGUGUUCAUGGUCAUGAAGGAACAUGUCACCCAGUGCCUCAUUGCUCGUAUCACAUGAAGCAUUAGAAACUACCAACAGGCCAACUAAUACUUAGUAUCAUUUAGUAUUUUCAUUGGAAUGACAGCAGUCUGAACCCUGUGGAAGUCUCAGUGAACCCAACCUGACAUCCUCAAACUGAUCUACUGCUCGGUCAUUUAUGGCAUGAGUAACAUUAUCGACUGACUUUUUACUCUUUUUUUUUUUUUUACAUUUGUUUUAAAGUUCCAAAUUAUGAAUCGUUCCAGUCCAGCUUUACUUUAGGUGUUUUUUUUGUUUGUUUCAUUAACCUGUUAAGAAAGAAGCUGUUAUGGUUGAUAAUAAACAGCGUCGACUUCCAGUUGAUUAUGUGGCAUACCUUUCGUUGUGGGUUAACAGUCCCAAAGUCUACAAUCAUUCUGGUCUCCAUGUUUGAUUGUGAACAGCGUUCUCUCGGUAUUGACAGUCGCUUUCCACAGAGCGACCAGCGUUUUCUUUGUGCUCUGUAUUUACUGAAUAAAGAUGUACAUGUACCUUUCUACAAAA